AUGACACAAGACGACGAAGCAUCUCAAUCCGGAUACGAAGAGGGCCUCGCUGGAGGACCAGGGGCUCCCACGCCGCUAUGGAGCUUGGAGGGCAUUUCUGGCAUCACAAAGCGCGACAUUCAGCUGUUUGUAGAUGGCGGAUACAACACUAUCGAGAGUGUGGCCUAUACUCCGAAGAAGGCACUGGAGACUCUCAAAGGCGUGUCGGAGCAAAAGGCUACCAAGCUCCUGACUGAGGCCUCCAAGCUUGUGCCUAUGGGGUUUACAACUGCCACGGAGAUGCACGCGCGAAGAUCCGAACUGAUUUCCAUAACUACCGGCUCGAAACAGCUUGACACCCUACUCGCCGGUGGAAUCGAAACCGGCAGUGUGACGGAGCUCUUUGGAGAGUUCAGAACGGGGAAGAGUCAAAUUUGCCACACACUUGCUGUUACAUGUCAACUACCAUUCGACAUGGGUGGUGGCGAGGGUAAAUGUCUCUACAUCGACACUGAAGGAACUUUCAGACCGGUCCGUCUCCUGUCGGUAGCCACGAGGUACGGUCUGAAUGGCGAAGAAGUUCUGGACAAUGUUGCGUACGCGCGCGCAUACAAUUCGGACCACCAACUUCAACUACUGAACCAGGCCGCGACGAUGAUGACAGAAACUCGGUUCUCCCUCCUCAUCGUCGACAGCGCUACCUCGCUCUACCGUACAGACUUCAUGGGUCGUGGAGAGCUCUCCAACCGGCAAACACAUCUCGCCAAGUUCAUGCGUAUUCUGCAGCGACUUGCCGACGAGUUUGGUAUCGCCGUGGUCAUUACCAACCAAGUUGUUGCACAGGUGGAUGGAGGUCCAUCGGCUAUGUUCAAUCCCGAUCCGAAGAAACCUAUCGGAGGAAACAUCAUUGCCCACGCCUCGACUACGCGAUUGUCACUGAAAAAAGGCAGAGGCGAAACGAGAAUAUGCAAGAUUUACGAUUCGCCAUGUUUGCCUGAAUCAGAUUGCAUGUUUGCAAUUACUGAGGAGGGCAUCAACGACCCGGCUCCUAAAGAUCUGGAGAAGGACUGA